GUGUCUUCGUCUUAAUUGACCGGGCAACAAUUGGGUUUAAGGAAGGAGGGGGCAGACCGUGCCUCUUCGGGGACAAAGAGUGCUAGCUGUGCACCCUAUACACCCGCACGAUGGCACCGGACUACACACCCGUCAAGCUCGACAAGCCGAUCCGGAUCGGCAUGAUUGGCCUGUCCGGCAACGCCCUCGUGUCCUGGGGUAGCGGCGCGCAUCUGCCCUACCUAGAGAGGUCGCAGGCUUACACAAUCACUGCCUUGCUCAACACAUCGAUCGAGUCGGCUCGAGCAGCCCGCGAUGCGUUCAAGCUGCCUGCCAACACGAAGCUCUACGACAGCCCUGAGGAGCUGGCCAAGGACGCAGAUGUCGACCUUGUCGUCUGCAAUGUCCGCGUGGACCGCCAUUGGCCGCUGACGAGGCCGUCCAUCGAGGCGGGCAAGGCCGUCUUUGUCGAGUGGCCGCUCGGCAAGAAUCUCCAAGAGGCUCGCGCUUUCGUUGACCUCGCCCAAAGAAAGGGCAUCCGCACCAUCGCAGGCAACCAGGCCCGCGUCGACCCGCUGGCCCACACGGUUCGCGAGGCGAUUGAGAAGCGCCUCGGCGGCCUCAUCUCUGUCCAUGUGCGCGCCAACACGCUCUUCCACGGGUAUACGGACACCAUCGACUACUUUCUCGACCGCAGCGUCGGCGGCAACUUUCUCACCGUCCACCUCGCCCAUCUCUUCGACUACCUCACCUCGGUCCUUGGCCCGCUCGAAAAGGGAUUCGAUGCGCGCUUCAAGAUCGGCCACCCCGAGGUGGACCUCGUCGACGACGAGCAGCGCACCAUUCGGCGAGCCACCAAGGACGUGCCCGACCAGGUCGUGCUGCAGGGCCAGCUAGCAGACCACGCCGGCGCCCUCCUUUCGCUCCAGCUCCGCGGUGGAGCCAACUUCAAGGGAGACGCAGACGGCCUCGUCUGGACCCUGUACGGCCCAAAGGGCGAGCUCAAGAUCACGCAUUCAAGCUCAAACCUCAACGUCGGCACCGAGUUCCCCACGACAAAGGCCAGGCUCCACCGCUUCGACACCGACACAGUCGAGGAUCUGGCCGUGGACCAGGAGCAGCCAGCGUUCUUCCGGCAGCUCCCCUUGCCGGCUAGAAACAUCGCGCGCCUCUACGAGGCCUUUGCGAGGGACGAUGGAAGCAGCGGAGUCGACUUUGCCGAUGCCCUCCGCCUGCAUGAAGCCCUCGAAGACAUCUGCCAAGCGGCUGAGAAGGCUUGUAAAACUUCUCCCCGCCAAGUGUUUUCCAGGGUUGGAGAGACACAGGGACAAAUUUAGACUUACUCGCGCUCACUUCUGCAAUCGUCUCUUAAUCGAUCCAAUCUCGCAGUUCAUGGCAAAUGCUGGUUGUAAUUGCACAGGUGCCUGACGC